AUGGCCGCCGCAGCCACCACUACGAGCUGGGCCGCUGUCACGUCAGACGCAUACAGCACACCUACAACCACCUCAGAUGACGCCUCUUCAUCAUCAGAAAGAAGCUUUGGAGAUAUAUACCAGAACUACUUUGUCUUCAUCGCCGUCAUCGUCGCCGUCGCCCUCCUCGGAUCUUGCGUCUUUUAUCGCCAUAAGAAGGCCCUCCGUCGCCGCGCCAAUCUCUCGCGCCAAAUCGCCUUGUCGCGCGACAUCGAGGACCAAGGCCUGCGCGCCAACAGAGGCUGGGGCUGGGGUGCCUUAUCACGCGACUACGCAAGUGGGCCUGAUCCCAGCGCCCACCCGCUGGGUACAAGAGGAGCAUUGGGCAUACCUUCUCCAUGGCGUCGCAGAAGAGACGACGAUGGUCUGAACGAGGCAGGCGAGGCUCCUCCUGCCUACAAGUCUGCCCCCGACCAGAACGACACUGUACUCGAGAUCGCCCGUCCUGCUGCCCCUGACACCAUCACCACUCCGGCAGUACCCCGUCCAACGCUAGGCAGAGAAAACACUGGUCUCAAACCUCCCGACUACACCGAGGCUGUUGUUUCGCCAAUCGCGCCCGAAAGAGCCUCCUCAAGUAAUACUAUACCCACCUCGACCGCCACGAAUACUCACGACCACGUCGAACUUGACGACCUCCCCACCUAUAACGAUCAUCAUGAACGCAGAUAG